AUGUCCUUCUUCCUCAGCUUUUAUUUAAACUUUUCUUUUUUCACUAUUUUUUUCAAACUUCACUUUCACCUAAUUUCACUCCAAUUUAUUAUACUUCUCUCUUCGUCUUUCUUUUUUUUUAUUUCCCUCUAUUUUCUCUUUGCUUCAACUGACACUUUUUUCUUUCCCAGCUCCUCUCCCAAACCGAUACACCUACUCCCUUUUAUUACAUGUUUCUUCUUUCUCUUUCCCGAAUCUCUUUUAAAUUCCUUACUUUAUCAAUCACUUCUCUGUCUUCUUAAAAUAAUUUCUUUUUUCUUCUUUUACUGCAACUUAUUUUCUCCGUCUCUUUCUCUUUAUUUUAUUCUUUUAUUGAUUUCUUUAGUCAUUCAUUUGUCUCUCACUAUUGAUUCUUCUAUCUGCAACUUUAUUAUUCGUACUCCAUCAGCCGAUUUAAACACCUUCUCAUUUCGACUUCCUUCCCUCAUUCAAUGUCCCUUGUCCAAUUUAACGAUAUACACUUUUUUGUAUCUACUUGUCAUUUAUAACUCUUUCUUUCUCUCUUGGUCACCUUCAGCUUCCCCCUUCUCUUUUAGCCUUUAUCUUUCUGUCUUUGCCUCACUCGUAUCUCUUUUUACUUUCGAACUUAGUCUUUUCUUCUUUCUUUCUUUUUUCAUCGACUUUGUCAGUGACUUAGUUUACUUUUAUUUCUAUGUUUUUCUUCUUUCCCUACAUCUUUUUCUUAAACUUCACUGUUCACCCACCCAGUUUCUUGUUUACCUAUUUGUCUCUCUGUCUAUCUCUAACUUUCUUUUUCCCUCCUCUCAUUUACCUUUCGCUCUAUCUUUAUAUCCCCCCUGCUCAGUUUUAACUGCAUGCACUUUCCUACUCUGUCAGUGCAUCUUACUCUUUCUUUCUCUCCUUUUCUUUUUCAUUCACAUCACGCCUCGCCUCCCGCUGUCGUCAUGA